AACCACCUCCACUCCAUCUCAUCCCAUUCCAUUCCAUUCCAUCCCCUAAACUCUCAGUCAGCUCAAGUUUCAGCCAGAGCCGACUGCCGAGGCAUUCCGAUUUCGACGGUGUUCGGUUCGGUAUGGGAGUGCCGAGCGACGACGUCGUUUUGAUCCAGAAAGGGAAGAACCCUGGAGAACCCUACAUCCUCACCGUCAAUUGCCCCGACAAGACCGGCCUUGGAUGCGAUAUUUGCAGAAUUAUUCUCGAUUUUGGCCUUCAUAUUACCAAAGGAGAUAUUUCGACUGAUGGCAUAUGGUGCUACAUAGUAUUGUGGGUUGUUCCUCAUUCCAGUUCAGUCAUUGUGAAAUGGUCAAGUUUGAAGAACAGGAUGCAAUCAGUAUGCCCUUCGUGCCUGCCCACCUUUUAUUUUAAUGAACCAUCCACGUCUUCGUCGAUUUCUCCAGUUUAUCUAUUGAAGUUCUUUUGCGUAGAUCGGAGAGGAUUAUUAAAUGAUGUCACACAAGUUCUAUGCGAGCUUGAGCUUACAAUCCAAAGGGUUAAAGUAACAACAACUCCAGAUGACAGAGUCUUGGACCUAUUCUUUGUAACAGAUAAUCGGGACCUUCUACACACUAAAGACCGGCAGAAUGAGACUUUAGAGCAAUUGCAUGCUGUAUUGGGCGAAUCGUGUAUCACCUGUGAACUUCAAUUGGCAGGCCCAGAGUGUGAACGUCGUCAAGGAAUCUCUUCUCUUUCUCCUGUUGUAGCUGAAGAACUUUUUAGAUGUGAAUUAUCAGAUAAAGAAAUCCACUCUCAAGCCUUGAGCCCGGAUAUGACUAAAUUGAAGAAUGCCAAUGUAACAGUGGACAAUUCACUAAGUCCAGCUCAUACAUUACUCCAAAUUCAUUGUGCUGAUCACAAGGGGCUCCUCUACGAUAUCAUGCGAACUUUGAAAGAUUGCAGUAUUCAGAUAGCUUAUGGUCGAUUCACACCAACUACUAAUGGCUAUUGUGAUUUAGACCUUUUUAUUCAGCAAAAUGGUGGUAAAAAGAUUUUGGAUCUUGAUAAACAGAAUGCUCUGUGUUCCCGCUUAAAAGUGGAAAUGCUUCAUCCAUUGCGGGUGAUCAUUGUGAACAGAGGGCCAGAUACUGAACUCUUGGUUGCAAAUCCAGUUGAGCUAUCUGGAAAGGGUAGGCCUCGAGUUUUCUACGAUGUCACACUUGCUCUAAAAUCUCGUGGGAUCUGCAUUUUCUCGGCUGAAAUCGGAAGGCAUUCAGCCUCAGAUCGUGAAUGGGAGGUGUAUAGCUUUCUAUUGGACGAGAGCUGUAGUAGAUUUCAACUGUCGAACAUGGUGGCUAGGAAUCAGAUUGUAGAUAGAGUUAGAAGAACAUUGAUGGGCUGGUGAGUGAGUUUGGGUAAUUUGGAUGGUGAAUAAGUUUCCAUUUAGAUAUCUAAUUACUUGGCUCGCAUUAUAGGAAUCUAUUCACCAUUAUCGUCUGUAAGACGAGCAUGUAUGCUUGUCUACCAUUAAUGCUUCGUGUGCUUUUUCGGUCAUGGCUGUAAUUUAUGUAAUGUAGUUACUAGUUUCUCAAGUGUAUAUGUUGUAAUACCCACGGAAGAAAAUAGCAUUCAUGCCUCAGUUUGGCUUAACUACGUCUCAAAUGAAAGUAGCACUUGUCUAUUAAAA